CAAACGCAGACAGGACGUUGGAGGGAGAUUUGAGGGGCGCGUGCGAAUCAGCCGUGGUCAAAUUUGGCUGACAGCGUUUCUAUUCGACGAAUAUUCUGUUCAGUUUUACCUUCCCAUCAUGGAAACGGACAGCGAUAUAAAAACGACGCCGAGAGGCUUUCACUGCUCUCUGUGCAAAGUCAAUUUACCAAACAUGCCGAGCUUGGAUCAGCAUCUCAACGGGAAGAAACACAAGACAUUGAGUACUGUACGAGCUACAAGGAAGACCCAGGAGGAGCACAGCGUGUUUGUCAGUGGAAUCAAACCUGAAAUCUCUCAGACUGACAUAGCUGAUUACUUUGGGCAGUUUGGAGUGCUCACAAAUGUCAUCAUGGAUAAAGACAAGGGUGUGUACGCCAUCGUGCAGUUCAGUGAGACUGACAGCGUUCAGGCAGCCCUGUCCUGUGUUGAACAUAAGAUGAAAGGUUUGAGGCUACGGGUCAAACCUCGGGAAAAGAGAGAAUUCAAGUUGAUUGACAAGAAGGCUAAUGACCCCCAACAAGUUUUUGACCGUCUCAAACCUCAGCUGUGUCAGCAGGCAUCUGUAGAUGCGCAGAUGCAACACAUUGUGCAUCAAUUUCAGCUUGGAGAGAAUGAAAAGAAGGCCCGAGGUCUGGUGGUUCAGCUCCUGCAAGAGGUUUUCAUCGAGUUCUUCCCAGACAGCCAGAUCCUGCCUUUUGGUUCAUCUGUGAACACUUUCGGCAUCCAUAACUGUGAUCUGGAUCUGUUUCUGGACCUGGAAAACACCAAGGUGUUCCAAGCACGUGCCAAGUCAACCACAGAGCAGACAGGCGAGGGCAUGUCUGAUGACGGCUGCUCUGAGGACUCCAUCCUCUCUGACAUCGACCUCUCUACUGCAUCUCCAGCAGAGGUCCUGGAACUCGUGGCAGCGAUCCUGAGACGCUGCGUCCCCAGUGUGCACAAAGUCCAUGUGGUCAGCAGUGCUCGUCUUCCUGUGGUCAAGUUUCAUCACCGCAAACUGAACCUUCAGGGAGACAUCACCAUCAACAACAGGCUGGCUGUAAGGAACACCCGCUUCCUGCAGCUGUGCACAGGGAGUGAGGACAGACUGAGGCCUCUGGUUUACACCAUCAGAUACUGGGCCAAGCAGAAGCAGCUGGCUGGAAAUCCUGGUGGUGCAGGUCCCCAGCUCAACAACUAUGCUCUGACACUGCUGAUUAUCUUCUACCUGCAAAACUGUGAGCCUGCUGUCCUCCCCACUGUGGACCAGCUCAAAAACAUGGCCUGUGAGGAGGAGGAGUGUGUGAUUGAAGGAUGGGACUGCACCUUCCCUAGUCAGCCAAUAGCUGUGCCUCCCAGCAUCAACACACAGGACCUCUGCUCCCUGCUCGCCGGCUUCUUCUCCUUCUAUGCUAAGUUUGAUUUUGCUAGUAGUGUCAUAUCAGUCAGAGCGGGGCGUGCUCGACCUAUCACUGAAUUCCUCAGUCAGAGUAAGGAGGUGGCAAUGGAAGAGGAACAACCUAGCAAGAACCAUCAUCAAAGUCCUAAACUCGGUCCCCUAAAUCUCUUGGAUCCCUUUGAACUUACCCAUAACGUAGCUGGAAAUCUAAACGAACGUUCCCAGCGCGCCUUUCAAAGGGAGUGCCAGGAGGCUGACAAGUACUGCCACUGCCUGCAGUACCAGCGCAAAUCCACCAAGGGCAAAUCAUGGGGUCUGGUGCGCUUAUUUACCCCCCAUGGGGAUGUCCAGCACACGAAGACAGAGCAGAUGACCAUCAGCAUCCCCUUCAAAUUAGCGUCGCUUCCUGAAGUGCUACGCAAUCAGCUGCACAAAGCAGGAGACGGUUUCCGACUGCUGUGGUUUCAGAAGGUUUGCUCUGCAGUGGAAGGAGUCUUUCAGACUGUUCUGGGGUGUCACGUCACUCCCACAGAUGCUCUCUUCGGGGAGGAUUCAGCUGCCAAUGCUGCUGAGGAAAUGGACAUUUCUGCAGCUUCCCUGAACACAUCAAUAAACAGCUGUGACAGCACAGAGUCCCAGAACGAAGCAGGCUCUCUGAGUACAACUGUGGUCGGUGCCAAGAGAACGCUAUCUUCCAGCAGCGAUGCUUCCGUGUCACCUCAAAGCAAAAAACCAAGACUGACAAAGAGAGGCCGACCUGAGCCCCCUCACUGGACCUGUGCAUUGAAGCACAAAGUGUGGGCCGGUAGGAGGAAAGUGAGACGGGAGCUGAUCAAAGACACAGACUCGAGGCCUGAAGGAAGCUGCGUGGAGCUGGAGUCGCAGGUCACGGCUCACAUUGCUGAGAAAGAGCCAGAGCUCAAGGAGCUGCUGGAGUUCAAGGUUCAGCCGCAGAUGGUUGGAGAGACUGAGAGCACAAAGGCAGUGCUCAAGCUUGAGCCGACCAGUGACACAACAGGAGUUUUUCAGGACUUCUUCCACUUCUUGGAAGUGUUCUUACCAAAGAUGGCAGAAACACUGCUGGAGAAACAAGCCAGGAGUGAUUAAAGAUGACAUAUUCCAGAUAUGGCUUUGAUAUCAGGUUAUUUUUGGCUUUCUUUGUUCUGAAUCAAAUCUGCCACUACUAAUUCUUUGUUUAACAAAUUUAAAAAAUAACACGUGACUUUAUAUUAGCCAGGCACCAUUUAUUGUAUUUAUAAAUGUUGGCUUCUUGAAAGCAUACAUUUGGUAAUAUUUUCAAGUGAACUGUAUAUUUGUUAGUUUUACAUGCGUUGUUCCCUGAUGAGGCUUCCUGUUAUGUUUGACAAGCUGCCUGGUUUUAGUACAUUUCUGUUUGGAAAAAAAAAGACUCAGAUGAUGAAGCUCUGAAAUUCAGUGGCAGAUGUUUGUUGUACACAGCAUCUGAUUCUGUCUGCAAAAGAAUAAAAGCCCUUUGGUAAACCUGG